AUGAUGCCAGCCCAAUGUCCCCUGACCUCCAGCCUGGCCCUUCUGCUGCUGCUGGGCACAGCUAAAGCAGGCCCUUUCUCUCCCCGGUCCAAUGCGACACUCCCAGCCCCACGGCCUCCUCCACAGCCAGGGGGCCGCACAGGAGUGGCAGAAAGGGGCAAACCUUCUUCUCAGCUUUAUGAGCACACGGUGGAGGGAGGGGAGAAGCAGGUGGUGUUCACCCACCGCAUUAACCUGCCCCCAUCAACUGGCUGUGGCUGUCCCCCUGGCACUGAGCCCCCAAUACCUGCUUCAGAAGUGCAGGCCUUGAGGAUUCGGCUAGAAAUCCUAGAGGAGCUGGUGAAGGGACUCAAGGAACAGUGUACAGGAGGAUGCUGUCCUGCAGCUGCCCAGGCAGGUACAGGCCAAACAGACGUUCGCAGCCUUUGCAGCCUCCACGGCGUGUUUGACCUGAAUCGAUGCGCUUGUUCCUGUGAGCCAGGCUGGAGUGGGCCCACCUGCUCCGACCCCACUGAUGCCAAGGUGCCUCCCACCUCGCUGCCCUCAGCCCCAGCGUCCUGCCCUGACGACUGUAACGACCAGGGCCGUUGUGUCCGUGGUCGCUGCGUGUGCUUCCCAGGCUACGCUGGCCCUAGCUGUGGCUGGCCCUCCUGCCCAGGGGACUGCCAAGGCCGCGGGCGCUGUGUACAAGGUGUGUGCGUAUGUCGCGCGGGUUUCUCCGGAGAAGACUGCAGCCAGCGCACCUGCCCUAGAGGCUGUAACCAGAGAGGCCGCUGUGAGGACGGGCGCUGCGUGUGCGAUGAGGGCUACACCGGAGAGGAUUGUGGGGCGAGGAGCUGCCCUCGGGGCUGCAACCAGCGAGGCCGCUGUGAGGACGGGCGCUGUGUGUGCAACGCAGGCUACACCGGCGAGGACUGCGCGCUGAGGAGCUGCCCUCGAGGCUGCAGCCAGCGGGGCCGCUGUGAAAAUGGACGCUGCGUGUGUAAUUCAGGCUACACUGGAGAGGACUGCGGUUCGCGCAGCUGUCCCUGGGACUGCGGCGAGGGCGGGCGCUGCGUGGACGGUCGCUGCGUGUGCUGGCCGGGGUACGCGGGCGAGGACUGCCGCACACGGACCUGCCCUCGCGACUGCCGGGGCCGCGGGCGGUGCGAGGACGGCGAGUGCAUCUGCGACACGGGCUACAGCGGGGACGACUGCGGCGUGCGCAGCUGCCCCAGCGACUGCAACCAACGGGGCCGCUGCGAGGACGGCCGGUGCGUGUGCUGGCCCGGGUACACGGGGCCCGACUGCGGCGCACGCACGUGCCCGCGCGACUGUCGGGGCCGCGGGCGCUGCGAGGACGGCGUGUGCGUGUGCAACCCGGGCUACAGCGGCGAGGACUGCGGCGUGCGCAGCUGCCCCGGGGACUGCCGAGGCCGGGGCCGCUGUGAGAGCGGCCGCUGCGUGUGCUGGCCUGGGUACACCGGCCGGGACUGCGGCACGCGCGCCUGCCCAGGUGACUGUCGCGGGCGAGGCCGCUGCGUGGAAGGCCGCUGUGUAUGCAACCCGGGCUUCACGGGCGAGGACUGCGGCAGCCGUCGGUGCCCCGGGGACUGCCGCGGGCGCGGCCGCUGCGAGGACGGCGUGUGCGUCUGCAACCCAGGCUACGAGGGCGAGGACUGCAGCACACUCAGCUGCCCUGCGGGCUGCAGAGGCCGCGGCCAGUGCCAGGACGGGCGUUGUGUAUGCGACGCCGGCUAUGAGGGCGAGGACUGCGGCGUGAGGCGGUGCCCGCGCGACUGCCACCAGCGCGGAGUCUGCCAGGACGGUGUGUGUGCCUGCUGGGAAGGCUACGCGGGCGAGGACUGUGGGCUUCGCACCUGCCCCGCUAACUGCCACCGGCGGGGCCGUUGUGAGGACGGGCGCUGCGUCUGCGACACAGGCUUCACUGGCCCCACUUGUGCCAUCCGCACCUGUCCCUCUGACUGCAGGGGCCGAGGGCGCUGUGUGCAGGGCGUGUGCAUGUGCCACGUGGGCUUCAGCGGGGAGGACUGCGGGCAGGAAGAGCCGCCCUCCAGCGCCUGUCCCGGGGGCUGCGGGCCGCGGGCGCUGUGCCGUGGGGGCCAGUGUGUGUGUGUGGAGGGCUUCCGAGGCCCCGACUGCGCCAUCCAGACCUGCCCUGAGGACUGCCGUGGCCGGGGAGAGUGUCAAGAGGGCAGAUGCGUCUGUCAGGAUGGCUACGCAGGCGAGGACUGCGGGGAAGAGGUGCCAGCCAUUGAGGGCAUGAGGAUGCACCUCCUGGAGGAGACGACAGUUCGGACAGAGUGGACCCGGGCUGCUGGUCCUGUAGAUGCCUAUGAAAUUCAGUUCAUUCCCACGACAGAAGGUGCGAGUCCUCCCUUCACAGCGCGGGUGCCCAGUUCUGCCUCAGCCUAUGAUCAGAGAGGACUGGCCCCUGGCCAGGAGUACCAAGUCACUGUCCGAGCCCUUCGAGGGACCAGCUGGGGCCCGCCUACCUCCAAGACCAUUACCACCAUGAUCGAUGGUCCCCAGGACCUCCGAGUAGUGGCUGUGACUCCAACAACACUGGAUCUUGGUUGGCUGCGGCCCCUGGCAGAGGUGGACAGAUUCGUGGUGUCCUAUGUCAGUGCUGGCAACCAGAGGGUGCGGCUUGAAGUGUCCCCUACGGCAGAUGGAACAAAGCUGACAGACUUGAUGCCAGGCGUGGAAUAUGUUGUGACUGUCACUGCGGAGCGGGGACGGGCAGUCAGCUAUCCAUCUUCUGUCAGGGCCAACACAGGAUCUUCCUCCUCAGGCUUCUUAGGGGCCACUGAUGAGCCUCCUCCCUCAGGACCCUCAACAACACAAGGGGCCCAGGCUCCUGUUGUACAGCAGCGCCCCCAGGAGCUGGCAGAGUUGAAGGUGCUGGGCAGAGAUGAGACUGGACGCCUUCGAGUGGCCUGGACCGCCCAGCCCGACAUCUUUGACCACUUCCAGCUGCACCUACGGGUGCCCCAGGGGCGGGGGGAUCAUGAAGAGCUGCUACCAGGGGACAUUCGACAGGCCCUGGUGCCCCCACCCCCUCCUGGAGCCCCCUAUGAGCUGUUACUUCAUGGGAUCCACCCUGGAGGCCAGCCCUCUGCCCCCCUCAUCUACCAAGGCAUUAUGGACAGAGAUGGAGAGACACCACCUUCAGUCCAGCCACGCCUGGGUGAGCUGACAGUGACAGAUGUGACCCCCAACUCACUGCUCCUACAUUGGACAGUCGCUGAGGGCAACUUUGAAUCCUUUGUGAUACAGUACAAGGACAGAGAUGGGCCCAAGGAGGUGCCUGUGGAGGGGCCCCAGCGCUCACUCCCCAUUACCUCCCUGGAACCUGGCCGCAAGUACAAAUUUGUCUUGUACGGGCUUAUCAGCAAGAAGAGGCAUGGGCCUCUGGUCGCUGAAGCCAAGACGGUGCCUUGGAGUGACCCCAGGCUGGGUUCCCUGCCCCGGCUAGGGAAGUUGUGGGUGACAGACCCCACCCCAGACUCCCUUCGCCUAUCCUGGACUGUCCCUGAAGGCCAGUUUGACUCCUUCGUGGUCCAGUACAGGGACAGGAAUGGACGGCCCCAGGUGGUACCAGUAGAAGGGCCUGAGCGCACAAUGGUUGUUUCGCCCCUGGACCCUGACCACAAGUACAGAUUCACUCUAUUUGGAAUAGCCAACAAGAAGCGGCAUGGUCCCCUCAUAGCUGACGGCACCACUGCUCCAGAGAGGAAAGAGGAGCCCCUCCACCCCGAAUCCCCCAGGCAGCCGCUCCUGGGGGAACUGACUGUGACUGGAAUCACCCCAGACUCUCUGCGCCUGUCCUGGACGGUGGCCCAGGGCCCCUUUGACUCCUUUGUUAUCCAGUACAAGGAUACACAAGGGAAGCCCCAGGCAGUGCCCGUUGGUGGGGAUGAGAAUGAGGUCACCAUCCCUGGCCUGGAGCCCGCACGGAAGUAUAAGAUGAACCUCUAUGGGCUUCGAGGCAGGCAGCGUGUGGGGCCUGUGUCUGUUGUGGCUGUGACAGCUCCUUUGGAAGAUAAAAUGGAAGAGACCCCCACUCCUACAGAGCCCACCACAGAGGUCCCAGAGACUCCCGAGGAGCCCCUCCUGGGGGAGCUGACAGUGACAGGAUCCACCACUGACUCGCUGAGCCUCUCCUGGACCGUCCCCCAGGGCCACUUUGACUCCUUCACUGUGCAGUACAAGGACAGGGACGGGCGGCCCCAGCUGGUGCGUGUCGGGGGUGAGGAGCGUGAGGUGACCGUGCAGGGCCUGGAGCCCGGGCGCAAGUACAAGAUGAACCUGUAUGGCUUCCAUGAGGGGCACCGUGUGGGCCCCAAGUCUGCCAUGGGCAUGACAGAGUCUUUUCCUAACACCUCCCCCACCUCUGUCACAGCCCCACAACGGAAAGAAGAGGCUCCUCCAGCCACUGAGUCCCCCCAGGAGGCACGUAUGGGGGAGUUGACAGUGACAGAUGUGACCUCCGACUCUGUGGGCCUCUCCUGGACUGUCUACGAGGGCGAAUUCGACUCCUUCACGGUCCAGUACAAGGACAGAGAUGGGCAGCCCAAGGUGGUGUCGGUGGCCGCAGACCAACGCGAGGUCACCAUCCCUGACCUGGCGCCCUCCCGCAAGUACAAGAUCAACCUCUACGGAAUCCAUGAUGGACAACGUGUGGGUCCCUUCUCUGUGGUCGCCGUGACGGCUCCUCUUCCACCAGCCCCAGCCACAGAAGCACCUGAACGACCCAUGGAGCCCCGUCUGGGAGAGCUGACAGUGACGGAUGUGAGCUCUGACACUGUGGACCUUUCCUGGACGGUCCCUGAGGGCGAGUUCGACUCCUUUGUGGUCCAAUACAAGGACAGAGAUGGGCAGCCCCAGCUGGUGCCCGUGGCCGCAGACCAACGUGAGGUCACUGUCCCCGACUUGGAACCCUCCCGCAAGUACAAGUUUCUGCUCUUUGGGAUCCAGGAUGGGAAGCGACGAGGCCCAGUGUCUGUGGAGGCAAAGACUGCUGCCCAAAGUGCCGACAGCUCAGGAGCCUCACCCCGUCUUGGGGAGCUAUGGGUGACAGACCCCACCCUGGACUCAUUGCGCCUCUCCUGGACAGUCCCCGAGGGCCACUUUGACUCUUUUACGGUCCAGUUCAAGGACAAGGAUGGGCCGAGGGUGAUGUCCGUGGAGGGCCACCAGCGCUCAGUCACUGUCAGCCCUCUGGACCCUGGUCGCAAAUACCGGUUCCUCCUCUAUGGCCUCCGGGACAAGAAGCGUCAUGGCCCCCUCAGCGCUGAUGGCACAACUGAGCCCCAAAGAGCUGCUGUGGAUGACACUUUAACAAAGCAUCCCCCAAAGCCUCGUCUGGAGGUUAAGGUGCAAGUGACCAGUGUGACCUCAGAUUCUGUGGGCCUUAUGUGGAUGGUCCCCAAGGGCGAGUUUGACUCCUUGGUUCAAUACAGUGAUAAGAAUGGGCAGCCCCAGGUGGUGCCUGUAGAGGGCAACCUUAGGGAGGUCACUGUUGCUGGCCUGGAGCCGGACCACAAGUACAAGAUGAACCUGUAUGGCCUCUACAAUGGCCAGCGUGUGGGCCCUGUCUCUGUCACUGGAGUAACUGCUCCAGAGGAAGACACCCCUGCAGAGCCCACCACAGAGACCUCAGAGCCCUCAGAGGAGCCUCUUCUGGGGGAGCUGACAGUGACAGGAUCCACCACUGACUCGCUGAGCCUCUCCUGGACCAUCCCCCAGGGCCACUUUGACUCCUUCACCGUGCAGUACAAGGACAGGGACGGGCGGCCCCAGCUGGUGCGCGUCGGGGGUGAGGAGCGUGAGGUGACCAUUCAGGGCCUGGAGCCCGGGCGCAAGUACAAGAUGAACCUGUACGGCUUCCAUGAGGGGCAGCGUGUGGGCCCCAAGUCCACUGUGGGAAAGACAGUCCCUGAGGAGGAACUCGCAGCUUCUGAAGCCCCACCUCCCACGGCUUCCCAGAGCCUUCAAAAGCCACCCCUGGAGGAGCUGACCAUCACUGAUGCCACCCCCAACUCCCUGACCUUGUCCUGGACAGUCCCCGAGGGCCACUUUGACCACUUUCUGGUCCAGUACAGGAAUGGGGAUGGGCAGCCCAAGGUGUUGCGGGUGCCAGGUCAUGAGGAUGGAGUCACCAUUACAGGCCUGGAGCCGGACCACAAGUACAAGAUGAACCUGUAUGGCUUCCACGAUGGCCAGCGUGUGGGCCCUGUUUCUGCCAUUGGUUUGACUACUCCAGAGGAAGAGACCCCCGCACCCACAGAACCCACCACAGAGGCCCCAGAGACUCCCGAGGAGCCCCUCCUGGGGGAUCUGACGGUGACAGAAUCCACCACUGACUCGCUGAGCCUCUCCUGGACCGUCCCCCAGGGCCGCUUUGACUCCUUCACCGUGCAGUACAAGGACAGGGACGGGCGGCCCCAGCUGGUGCGCGUUGGGGGUGAGGAGCGUGAGGUGACCGUGCAGGGCCUGGAGCCCGGGCGCAAGUACAAGAUGAACCUGUACGGCUUCCAUGAGGGGCAGCGUGUGGGUCCCGAGUCCACCGUGGGCACAACGGUCCCUCAGGAGGUUGUGGAAGAGACCCCUACAGAGCCCACCACAGAGUUCCCAGACACCCUCGAGGAGCCCCUCCUGGGGGAGCUGACGGUGACAGGAUCCACCACUGACUCGCUGAGCCUCUCCUGGACCGUCCCCCAGGGCCACUUUGACUCCUUCACCGUGCAGUACAAGGACAGGGACGGGCGGCCCCAACUGGUGCGCGUCAGGGGUGAGGAGCGUGAGGUGACCGUGCAGGGCCUGGAGCCCGGGCGCAAGUACAAGAUGAACCUGUACGGCUUCCAUGAGGGGCAGCGUGUGGGCCCGAAGUCCACUGUGAGCAAGACAGGGGCACAGGAUGGUCCAGGGGCAACACCUCCCUCCAAGCCACGUCUAGGGGAGCUGGCCGUGACUGAUGCCACCCCCGAUUCCCUGAGCCUGUCCUGGACGGUCCCUGAAGGUCGCUUUGACUACUUCCUGAUCCAGUACAGGAAUGGUGAUGGGCAACCCAAGGGUGUACGGGUGCCAGGACAUGAGGACAGCAUCACCAUCUCAGGCCUGGAGCCGGACCACAAGUACAAGAUGAACCUGUAUGGCGUCUAUGAUGGCCAGCGUGUGGGCCCCAUCUUUGCCACUGGGGUGACUGCUCCAGAGGAAGAGACCCCCGCACCCACAGAACCCACCACAGAGGCCCCUGAGGAGCCGCUCCUGGGGGAGCUGACGGUGACAGGAUCCACCACAGACUCGCUGAGCCUCUCCUGGACUGUCCCCCAGGGCCACUUUGACUCCUUCACCGUGCAGUACAAGGACAGGGACGGGCGGCCCCAGCUGGUGCGUGUCGGGGGUGAGGAGCGUGAGGUGACCGUGCAGGGUCUGGAGCCCGGGCGCAAGUACAAGAUGAACCUGUAUGGCUUCCAUGAGGGGCAGCGUGUGGGCCCUGAGUCCACCGUGGGCAAGACAGAAGAUGAAGUCAGGACGACCCCAGCCCCACCCACGGCUGCCCCUGAGUCUCCCUUCACCCCUCGCCUGGAGGAGCUGACCGUGACUGAUGCCACCCCCGACUCCCUGAGCCUGUCCUGGACGGUCCCGGAGGGCCACUUUGACUACUUCUUGGUCCAGUACAGAAAUGAUGAUGGGCAGCCCAAGGCCAUACAGGUGCCAGGACAUGAGGACAGUGUUACCAUCUCAGGCCUGGAGCCGGACCACGAGUACAAGAUUAACCUGUUUGGUCUCUACGAUGGCCAGCGAGUGGGUCCUGUCUUUACUGUGGGUGAAACAGCUCCAGAGGAAGAGACCCCCACUCCCACAGAGCCUAUCACAGAGGCCACAGAGACCCCUGAGGAGCCACUCCUGGGGGAGCUGACGGUGACAGGAUCCACCACAGACUCGCUGAGCCUCUCCUGGACCGUCCCCCAGGGCCACUUUGACUCCUUCACCGUGCAGUACAAGGACAGGGACGGGCGGCCCCAACUGGUGCGUGUCGGGGGUGAGGAGCGUGAGGUGACCGUGCAGGGCCUGGAGCCCGGGCGCAAGUACAAGAUGAACCUGUAUGGCUUCCAUGAGGGGCACCGUGUGGGUCCUGAGUCCACCGUGGGCAAGACAGCUCCAGAGGAAGAAACCCCCACAGAGCCCACCACAGAGCCCCCCGAGGAGCCCCUCCUGGGGGAGCUGACGGUGACAGGAUCCACCACUGACUCGCUGAGCCUCUCCUGGACCGUCCCCCAGGGCCACUUUGACUCCUUCACCGUGCAGUACAAGGACAGGGACGGGCGGCCCCAGCUGGUGCGUGUCGGGGGUGAGGAGCGUGAGGUGACCGUGCAGGACCUGGAGCCCGGGCGCAAGUACAAGAUGAACCUGUACGGCUUCCAUGAAGGGCAGCGUGUGGGCCCCAAGUCCACCGUGGGCAAAACAGAAGAUGAACGUGAGGUGACCGUGCAGGGCCUGGAGCCCGGGCGCAAGUACAAGAUGAACCUGUACGGCUUCCAUGAGGGGCAGCGUGUGGGCCCCAAGUCCACUGUAGGCAAAACAGGUGCUGGAAAGAGGGAAAAAAUAGGAGCAGCAAAGACGACCCCAGCCGCACCCACGGCUGCCCCUGAGCCACCCUUCACCCCUCGCCUGGAGGAGCUGACCGUGACUGACGCCAACCCCAACUCCCUGAGCCUGUCCUGGACGGUCCCGGAGGGCCACUUUGACUACCUCUUGGUCCAGUACAGAAAUGAUGAUGGGAAGCCCAAGGCCAUACAGGUGCCAGGACAUGAAGACAGUGUUACCAUCUCGGGCCUGGAGCCGGACCAUGAGUACAAGAUUAACCUGUUUGGUCUCUACAAUGGCCAGCGAGUGGGCCCCGUCUUUACUGUGGGUGUAACAGCUCCAGAGGAAGAGGCCCCCACAGAGGCCCCCGAGGAACCCCUCCUGGGGGAGAUGACAGUGACAGGAUCCACCACAGACUCGCUAAGCCUCUCCUGGACCGUCCCCCAGGGCCACUUUGACUCCUUCACCGUGCAGUACAAGGACAGGGACGGGCGGCCCCAGCUGGUGCGUGUGCCAGGACAUGAGGACAGUGUUACCAUCUCAGGCCUGGAGCCGGACCACGAGUACAAGAUUAACCUGUUUGGUCUCUACAAUGGCCAGCGAGUGGGCCCCGUCUUUACUGUGGGUGUAACAGCUCCAGAGAAAGAAACCCCCACAGAACCCACCACAGAGGCCCCUGAGGAGCCUCUACUGGGGGAUCUGAUGGUGACAGGAUCCACCACAGACUCGCUGAGCCUCUCCUGGACCGUCCCCCAGGGCCGCUUUGACUCCUUCACCGUGCAGUACAAAGACAGGGACGGGCGGCCCCAGCUGGUGCGUGUCGGGGGUGAGGAGCGUGAGGUGACCGUGCAGGGCCUGGAGCCCGGGCACAAGUACAAGAUGAACCUGUACGGCUUCCAUGAGGGGCGGCGUGUGGGCCCCAAGUCCACUGUGGGAAAGACGGCUCCAGAGGGAGAGACCCUCACCCCUACAGAGCCCACCACAGAGGCCCCAGAGACCCCCGAGGAGCCCCUCCUGGGGGAGCUGAUGGUGACAGGAUCCACCACUGACUCGCUGAGCCUCUCCUGGACCGUCCCCCAGGGCCACUUUGACUCCUUCACCGUGCAGUACAAGGACAGGGACGGGCGGCCCCAGCUGGUGCGUGUCGGGGGUGAGGAGCGUGAGGUGACCGUGCAGGGCCUGGAGCCCGGGCGCAAGUACAAGAUGAACCUGUACGGCUUCCAUGAGGGGCAGCGUGUGGGUCCCGAGUCCACCGUGGGCACAACAGCCCCCUUGCCCACUGAGCCUCCCAUCGAGCCCCACCUGGGUGAACUGACCGUGGAAGCUGUGACUCUGGACUCUGUGCACCUCUCCUGGACAGUGGCCCAGGGCCUCUUCGACUCCUUCCUAGUCCAGUACAGGGAUGCGCAAGGACAGCUCCAGGUGGUGCCCGCAGGCGGAGAGCUCCGCGAGGCCACUGUCUUAGGCUUGGAAUCAGCCCGAAAGUACAAGUUUCUUCUCUUCGGACUCCAAGACGGGAAACGGCGGGGCCCUAUCGCAGUAGAGGCAAAGACUCUUUCAGAUAUGAAACCUUCUCCCAGCCUGGGGGAGCUGACAGUGACCGAUGUGACUUCUGACUCCAUUGGCCUCUCAUGGACAGUCCCUGAAGGUGAAUUCGACUCCUUCACGGUUCAGUACAAGGACAAGGAUGGGCAGCCCCAGGUGGUGCCUGUGGCCCCAGACCAGCGUCAGGUUACCAUCCCAGGCCUGGAGCCCAACAGGAAAUACAAGUUCCUGCUGUAUGGACUGACAGGCAGGAAGCGACUGGGGCCUGUCUCUGCUGAUGGCAUCACCACUCCACUAACAGAGGAGCCGCUCCCACCCCGCCUCGGGGAGCUGACGGUGACCGACGAGACCCCAGAAUCCCUGCGCCUUUUGUGGACAGUGGCCCAAGGCCCCUUCGACUCCUUCAUGAUCCAGUACAAGGACGCAGCCCGGCAACCCCAGGUGGUGCAGGUGGCUGGAGACCAGCGUGAGGUGACUGUGGAGGGCCUGGAGCCAGGCAGGAAGUACAGGUUCCUGCUCUAUGGGCUCUUCGGAGGAAAGCGCCUGGGUCCCGUUCCUGUCCUGGGAGUGACAGCCCCAGAAGAAGACACACCAGACUCUGUGCACCCUGUGACAGAGGCUCCUGAGCCUCCUGAAGAGCCCCGCCUGGGGACAUUCACCGUGACAGACGUGACCCCGGACUCCCUGCAUCUCUCAUGGACAGUGGCCCAGGGCCCCUUUGACUCCUUUGUGGUCCAGUAUCAGGAUGCAGAUGGGCAGUCCCAGGCACUGCUCGUGGGCAACAACCAGCACAAGGUCCUGGUCUCAGACCUGGAGCCCAACACUUCCUACAAGUUCUUGCUCUACGGCCUUCGAGAAAGCACGCGUGUGGGGCCCAUCUUGGUCGAGGGCACCACAGGACAGGCUCCUGCUGGCGAGACUCCAGACGAGCCAAGACCCCGUCUGUCCCAGCUGUUGGUGACUGAUGUGACCACUAGUUCCCUAAGGCUCAACUGGGAGGCCCCACCCGGGGCCUUUGACUCCUUCCUGCUCCGCUUUGGGGUCCCAUCACUCAGCUCCCUGGAACUGUACCCAAGACCUCUGCUACAGCGUGAACUGACCGUGUCUGGAGCACUGCGAUCGGCUGUGCUCAGGGACCUGCAGCCCGGAACCCUGUACAGCCUCACGCUGUAUGGGCUGCGUGGGCCCCACAAGGCCGACAGUGUUCAGGGCACCGCCCGCACCCUCAACCCAGUUCUGGAGAGACCCCGCGACCUUCAAUUCAGUGACAUUGGAGAGACCUCAGCCACAGUCCACUGGAUGCUGCCACCAUCCAGAGUAGACAGCUUCAAAGUAUCCUUCCAGCUGGCAGAUGGAGGGGAGCCACAGAGUAUCCAGGUGGAUGGCCGGACCCAGACUCAGAAACUCCAAGGGCUCACCCCAGGCACUCGCUAUGAGGUGACUGUAGUUUCUGUCCGAGGCUUUGAAGAGAGUGAACCUCUCACAGGCUUCUUCAAAACAGUUCCUGAUGGACCUACCCAGCUUCAUGCAAUGAACUUGACUGACGACUCUGCCGUGCUGCAGUGGAAACCCCCCAAAACCCCAGUGGACGAAUACAACGUGCAGGUCACAGCCUCAGGGGCCCCAUCCCUAGAGGGCUCUGCCCCCGGCAGUGCAGAGGACUACCCCCUGCCGGACCUGAAGCCGCACACCAACUACACGGCCACUGUGCGGGGCCUCCGGGGUCCCAAUGUCACCUCUCCUGCCAGCAUCACCUUCACCACAGGGCUGGAGCCCCCACAGGACUUAAAGGCCAAGGACACAACUCCCCGAACAGCCCUGCUCACGUGGACAGAACCUGAAGUUCCGCCCACAGGUUAUCUGCUCAGCUUCGACACCUCCGGUGGACAGACCCAGGAGAUUGCUCUCCCAGGAGGCAUCACCUCUUACCAACUCCGAGGCCUCUUUCCUUCCACGCCCUACAGUGCCCGGCUCCGGGCCGUGUGGGACCAAAGCUUCUCACCACCCGUGUCCACCGUUUUCAUCACUGGUGGAUUGAAGGUCCCUUUCCCCCGGGACUGUGGGGAGGAGAUGCAGAACGGGGCCAGCACCUCGAGAACCACCACCAUCUUCCUCAAUGGCAACCGUGAACGACCUCUUGAAGUGUUUUGUGACAUGGAGACUGAUGGGGGUGGCUGGCUGGUGUUCCAGCGCCGCAUGAAUGGACAGACAGACUUCUGGAGAGACUGGGAGGACUAUGCCCAUGGCUUUGGGAAUGUCUCUGGGGAGUUCUGGCUUGGCAACGAGGCCUUGCACAGCCUGACCCAAGCUGGCGACUACUCCAUGCGCGUGGACCUUCGGACAGGGGAUGAGGCUGUGUUCGCAGAGUACGACUCCUUCCAGGUGGACUCAGCUGCCGAGUACUACCGCCUCCACCUGGAGGGCUACCAUGGCACUGCAGGAGACUCCAUGAGCUACCACAGCGGCAGUGUCUUUUCCGCCCGGGACCGAGACCCCAACAAUUUGCUCAUCUCCUGUGCUGUCUCUUACCGCGGGGCCUGGUGGUACAAGAAUUGCCAUUAUGCCAACCUCAAUGGACUCUACGGAAGCACGGUGGACCAUCAGGGAAUGAGCUGGUAUCACUGGAAGGGCUUCGACUUCUCAGUGCCCUUCACGGAAAUGAAGCUGAGGCCAAGAAGCUACCAGCCCCCAGUCCGAGGAGGCUAA